AUGGCGGAAGCAAGGUCGGAGCUUUUUAGUACUCCGCCGUCAAAACAAACAACAAUUAUUAAGAAUGAAGCAGUUCCAAGGGGAGUUAUUUAUUGCUGUGUUCCGCUUUGUAAAAGCUACAGUGGAAAGGUAGUCGAGGGAAAAAACGUUACUCUACACAGAAUUCCCUUAGACGAAAAAUAUAAACCGAGCAGCUGGAUACAACAACUUCGCAAUGUACGAAAUGAUUUUACUGCCAAAGCUGGAACACGAGUGUGCAGCUUGCACUUUGUGGGCAAGAGUGGGCCCAAACCAUGGUGUCCAAUUCCAACAUUAUUCCCCUCGAAGCCAGCACCUGAACCUUGUGAGAACACAGCAGUACGAAGACAACUAAAUUUUGAUUCGGGUGUACAAUAUGGCGAACCAGAAAAUAUUGAAUUAAACGCCUUGGACUUCGAGCAUUGUUUUCAUGAUUACUUGCCAAAAGAGGCAUUUAAGCCUGAAUCUGGAGAUAUUUUGCGAGACGCGACGAGAGACACAGGUUAGUGACAUAUUUUAAUAGUGUAGUUUGCCAUACGGUAAACAUCUACAUUUUUUGUAAACAUUGUCUACAUUUUUUACAUUGUCUACAUGGGCCAUACCAUUUAAUAUCCACCCCCCCCCCCAGGUGAUCUUGAUAUGCGGAAAAGUACUGGCACUAGUUGUCAAAUAGAAAUCCAUUUUAUGAUUAAAACAACUGAAUAUCUCCUGUAGUAUACUUUAUUUCAAUUCCAUAUUUUUGUCAGAGCUAUAGUUCACCUAACCAAACAUAAUUACAAAAUUUCAACUAGUUUCAUAAAGAAUAACGAAAGAUAUAAUUGACUGAAUACAUCAAAAUGGAUUUCUAUUUGGACAACCCUUUCUGAGCGCUGAUUGGCUGAAAUACGAACACGAGAUCACCUGGCCUAUGGACGAGAAUUUCUGAGGGGGUUCAAAAACCCCAUUUCCGAGGGGUUAUGCCCAUCGGCAUCCUUUGAUCUUAGCGUUUUUUCUGAGGGGUAAGGCAAAAAUUUGUAAAUUUCUGAGGGGGUGAGAGUGUUGGCACUUUGAUCUUUUUUUCUUAGGGGUUCAAUCUUUACUUAUCUCGUCCAUAUGGGGGGGGGGUGAAAUUUAAAUGGAAUGGCUCCAUUUUAGAAUACUACUUUUUGCAGACUACGGGAAUAUUAGUAUUAUAAAUAGUAUUAUAUUAGUUGUUCUUUUGAUAUGCUAAAAAUUCCUAAUGCUUCCUACAUGUAUAUUCAUAUUGUAAUAGUUUUUUCUUUUAAUGUUUAUAUAGGUAGGGAUCGCAACCGGAAGUCGGUUACGCUUUGGAACAGCUUCAAUUUCCGGUUAAUAUUUUCUCAUAUAUGCUACCUUCAACGUGUUAUUAUGCAAAAGAAAGCAAACAUAUCGUUUUAAAAUUAAUCUUUAAAAACAAAGUAGAUCUCAGUCUACAAAAUGAGUGUAUUUUCGAAGCCUGAAGUGCCGUAGUUACUUUGUUACGAAGCAUCAAAGUUCGGGCAAAUUUGCAAUUUCGCCACCAUUAAAAUCACGCGGCACGCAUUUACUCACCUACCCGGCCCUCUUCAAGCGAUUUUCCACACGUGAGCCCGACCUGAAUGCAGGUUUAAAAUAGCACCACCUUAAAGUUUAAAGCCUGAAGAUUCUUCUGAACUAUGUCGUUCUUCAACUUUUUGAGCAGAAGACUUUGUAUUUGAAAAGUCAAUUUUGAAAAGCAAGAUACGACUCAAUUUAACGCAAAAUGUCUACAACGACAGGUAUGUACAUAAACUAUAUGUUUUAAGGUUUCUUUUGAUAUAUAAUUUGUUUUGUUUAACGAUCGAGCUCACAUGUGGAAAUUCAUUUGAAUUUAGGUAAUUUUGCAAGUUUGCCAAUGGCGUGCGUCACUGGACAUGUGCUCGUGGAACUUGCAAAAUUGGGAUGAAAGAAAACGGAUUGCCCUGCUUAAAAAUGAUGAAAAACUGAGUGAUGGAAAGGUAAUCAUAAAGUAUGUUAUCGUUUAUUUAAUAAAAUCAUUGAAACAACCUGUAGUUUGGAGGACAACCAGGAGGAAAGGUGAAAAGAAGCCUUCAUGUGCUUGACCCUAAUAUAAUCAUCCCUGCGCAUGCAUGCUUGCAAAACACCCAGAGAGUAGUUGUACAGUUAUUUUACAGCUUUAUAAAGAGCAUCAGAGCAGACAUCUGUUGGCGAUGAUCGUCUGAGACUUGGAAUUACUGACCAGGUAUUGCAUGAUAUACCGAGUGUAUUAAAAACAACAGCAGGUUGUUGGUAAUACCACAGUUGUAUUUUUAACUAAUAAGUUGGUAAUCGAGUUAAGUGAAACAAGGGAGCGGAUGGGAAAAUCAUGGGUUGACAUCGUAACUUGGCUAUGUGUUCUACCAAUUGAUGUGCUGAAAACCCAACAGUAAACUGAACUGUUCAGGAUAAAUGGUAAAUUUUGAUUAGUUCAACUGAUGUCUAAUCUAUUAUUUUUCAUUCCUAUAGUGUACAUUAUCGACUUAAAGUACACCAUGAAUUAGAAGUGUCAAUGCAUUCAAACUGUGUGCCUUUCUUAAAUGAGACAGUAUGUAGAAAAUAGUGCAUGAAUGGACUCGCUCCACCAUAUCUAUGUAUGUGAGUUAUUUAACAAACAUGUGGAACUCCAUGACUGGGUCACCAGAAACAGGGAGUUACUGCAUAUUCCCUUAUGCAAAACUUUAUUGGGUCAGAGGAGUUUUCGGUUUAGAGCUGUUAGACUGUGGAAUAGCUUGGACAAUGAACUGAAACAACUCCUGUUACCAAUAAAUGAGCAAGCAGUCCAGCUUGAUAUAUAGCUCAGGAAUUUUUGUUGUCGAAACUGUAUCUUUGAUUGAUAAACUAGUGUUACAGUAAAUAUGAUUCUUGAAAAAUAACUGAUUUCCUCCUCAACAUGAGUAAGUUAUCAAUAGUAGUAUGUCAUCAGUGAUGUAAUUGGGACAUCAUCAGAUUUGUAGCGUUGUCAUGGAAACAGUCUAUGUGACGACUGACAAGUGUUUAGGAUUGGUAGGGUGUACAAGAAUGAAACUAUCAACAUAUUUCAACAAGUUAAUUUUAAGUAUAAAAUUUUCAGCAAAGAUAUGCAGAAUGUUGCAAUUAAAAUGUAUAUAAAAAUGACGUCACAUAGUUACCAUGGUAACUGAAUGAAUGAACAAUGUUGUCCGUCGUGUUGUUGAGCAUCCGACACGCAUUUAGUUUUUAAAAAUUAAUGUUUUUGUGAUGAAAAAUAUGUAUUUUAAGUGCAUAUUGUUUAUAGCUAUGACGUCAUUAUGACAUCAUCCUAUUUCCGUGGUAACGCAGUUUUGUAACAUUUUAUCAACUAGUAUUACUUAUUUGACAUAUAACAUGUCAUACAACACUUUUGUAAUGGUUUUUAAGUAAUAAAUUAAAUCAUUUCAGUUUCCGUGUUUUUUCUUUGUCAUUUCAUGACGUCAUACGGUUUCCAUGGCAACGAUAAGUGUCCAGCUGUUACACUAUGCUGUUGCUUUGUAUGUCACCAUUGUCCUCUGAAAAUAUUGUGGUGAUUGGAUGAAAUGUCUAGAAGUUAUGACCUUAUAUGUUCAAAAAUCCACUUAAAACCAAGCAUUUUGGUGCCACAUUUCACACUCAGCUGUAAUACAUUUAUACAGUGUCGCUCUUCCAAAAAUUGGACUAAAAUUCCAAUAUUCAAAUUGCUGUAACUUUUGAUUGCCUUGACCGAUUUUGAUAAAACAAACACCAUUAUGUUUUAAAUCACGAUCUCUAUCAAACUAGCCUACGUGCGCAGCCCCCUUGUAAAUUUGAAAUUUUGACUGCUAUCCCUAAUAUAGGUGUCCAGUUUUGUUCCGCUUCAGUGGACAAACAUGUUCAAACCGAAACUGUGCAAGUGAAAGAGAUUGGAGUGCUGCCUUCACUCACUGCUGAAGAUCUUAAAGGAGAUGAUCAAAAGACUAGAUUUUAUACAGGAUUUGUAAAUUUUGGAACAUUCAUGUCGAUUUUCAACAAUUUGCUGCAAGUGGCUAGCAAACUAAAUUACUGGACUGGAAAGGAUUCCCUUAAGGAUAAACCAUACUUAGAAGAUGAAAAUAGGCAGAAACCUGGACCCAAACGAAAGAUGAG